CACUAUAUUAUAGGAGAGGAGUUUGAACCCAAAAAAAAAAAAGAGAGACAAAGAGGAAGAUGGGUUGGUUUAUUAAGGAAAGAAGAGGAGGUUCAUGGAAGCGAGGAUGGUUAGAGGAAACACUACUAACAACAUCAGCACCUCCUCUUACACUACUAGCUCUCUUAGCCAUCAUAUCUUUACUCCUAUUCCUCUCUUCAUACCCGCGUUACAAAUACGAGGUUGAGAAAACCGCGGCUAAUCUCAAGCUCUUCAUGCUAUUCCUCCCAAUUCUCUUUGUAUUCCUCCUCCUUUCUCUAAACUUCGUCCAUCGACUUCUCUUUAAAUCCUCUUACUCCGUUAGAGCAAACCAGGCUAAGUCCCUUUUUGGAGAAGGAAACUUUCCGUGGGGAGUUUUGCUUAUGCUAAUACUUCUACUUCUUUUGGUUUCUAAACAAUCUUACUUUCACUCCUUAUGGUACCCUACCUUAUGAGUUAUGAUCUUCCAAUAAUUCAUGUCUAGUCUUCAAAUGUAAUCUUUAGAUUGAUCAUUGCUUCUUGUAAUCCAUAAUUCCACACAUGUUAAAAGACAUUUUGAGUAUAAUUAUAAGAA